CUGUCGGCCUUCCGUAAGCAUACAUGUAGUAUCCACUGCGCGGAGACAAACUCCCAGUUUUCAUACACAAAAGGCUGUCUACCGGUAACACAAGGACGUUAACGCGGAUUGUUAAUUCCAUACGGCAUUUUACUAUAUGUUACCGGAAAACGAGGCGGAUUUAAAACAAGUCUUUUCUAUCGGAGUGAAGAAGAAGCGGAGCUUCAUUGUAAUCGGGAGCGCAUUUAUGGAUGGAUUUACUGCAAUUUCCAUUCAUCAAACAGAUCGGCUCCUACAAAAGCGAAACUUGAGGCGCAGUCCCCGACGACCAAAGAUUACCGAUGUCCGCAAGCACGGAACAGAAAAAGAAAACACGGAAUCAGCAGCGUCUCAUCUUUAAGCGGAGUUUGGACCGACGCUACUCCCUCCACCCUUCAGGGAUAAAGCCACCCGGCUGCACCGCCCCCGCCGUCCUCCCCCCGGCUCGGGGAAGGUGGGCUGUCCGCUCUGACGCAGUGCUCUCCGCUUAGGCUUGCCGCUGCCGCACCUCCCAACCCAGAGCGAAGUGCGCGGCGAGGAAAUCGCGGCUACAGCCAGCGCCUGUAGUCCCACCGGAGUCGGCUCGCCCCGAGCCGGGAGCGUGUGGCUGCCGCAUCACCGGAGGACGCGCACCGGAACGGGGUUCUUUCUCCGCGCUCCGCCGCUGCGGUAGGUGUCUGUUGUUCUCUGUUCCAUGGCGCAGGAGGAGGGGACGCACGAAAAGCCGCUGGCCCACCGCCGCCCUGUUAAUGCGAUCGCAAACGCAGACAUCUUCUCCUACCCAGGCGGCUUUGCUAUCCUUGCCGCUAAUAAUGUUGACUUUGUGACGGCUGCUGUGCAGAGCAGGGCUACUGGCAAGGUGCUGGAACAGGCUGCCAUGCUGGCUGGGUAAUAGAUGAUCUCUCUCCAUGAAAGCGAGGAGGAGGGUUCUCUCUGCAGCACCAUGGCUGACAAGGAGUGCAAUCUGAGGACGGCCAGGCUGUGGAGGGAUGCAGCCCUGCGCUCCAGGAAGCUCCGGAGCAACCUCCGGCAGCUAACUCUCAGCACGAAGAACAACCAUGAGAUAACCCUGCCUGAUAAUGUGGGUGAGAUCGAGCUGCUCAACCUGGGCAACAACUCCCUCCAGGAGCUGCCCCGUGGGCUGGCGGCUGCCCUGGCAAACCUGCGCAUCCUCGUCCUCCGCCGGAACCGGUUCGUCGCAGUCCCACGGGCCGUGCUGGAGCUUGCACAGCUGACAGAGUUGGACCUCAGCCACAACUGCCUGAGCCACUUCCCUAAUGACAUGGGCCUGCCGGUGGGCCUGAAGAAGCUUUGCAUCAGCCACAACAAGCUCCAGAACCUGCCCUUGUGGUUGGGAGACCUGCGGUACCUGGAGGAGCUGGACGUCAGCUUCAACGAGCUCAGCGCCCUUCCUGCCAGCCUCUCACAUCUCCGCAGGCUGCGUACGCUGGACGUGGACCACAAUAAGCUGGACCGCUUCCCACCAGAGAUCCUGGCCCUCAGCGACCUGGAGGAGCUGGACUGCUCCGGGAACAAGCUGGAGGGGCUUCCCAGCGGUAUUUCUGUGCUCCGCUCCAUCAAAAUCUUAUGGUUGAGCGGCACGCUAGUGGCUUCACUGCCUAAGGACUUCUGCAGCCUGGUCAACCUGGAGAGUCUGAUGCUGGAUAGCAACUGCCUCACCACAUUACCGCCAUAUUUUGGCAGGAUGCAGAAGCUCAAAAUGCUGAACCUGUCCUCCAACGCCUUCCAGGAGUUCCCUCCUGCCAUCCUAGAUAUCGUUGGCCUGGAGGAGCUCUACCUGAGCAGAAAUAAGGUGACUUUUAUCCCAGAGGAAAUAGGCCAGUUGUCUGGGCUUGCCAAUCUGUGGUUGGACAAUAAUAGAAUUACAUAUCUGCCGGACUCCAUUGUGGAGCUGGACCAGUUGGAGGAACUCGUCCUACAGGGUAACCAAAUUGCCAUUCUGCCAGACAACUUUGGAAAGCUUGCCAGGGUUAAUAUAUGGAAGGUGAAGGACAACCCUCUGAUACAGCCACCCUAUGAAGUGUGCAUGAAGGGAAUCCCCUACAUCGCGGCCUACCAAAAGGAGCUCGCUCAUUCGCAGCCCGCUGUCAAACCCAGGCUGAAGCUGGUGCUGAUGGGGAAGAAGAAGGCUGGAAAGACCAGGCUGAGACAGUGUCUCGUCAGUAAGCCGCAGGAUGACUUCAUGGUGACCAACACAGGGAUCGACGUGACCAACUGGGUCGCAGAUGCUGACCGUAGUCUCACCUUCAUCGUUUAUGAUCUAUCAGGGAAGAAAAACUAUGACCUUAUCAAGCCCUUUUUUCUGUCUCCUGGUGCUCUCUACAUCUUGGUGGUGAACCUAAAGACUUAUUUUCCCAGGAACUUUUACUCCCACGUGGGGUAUUUCCUUCAUCUGCUGGGCGCCAAAGUCCCCCACGCAGUGGUGUGUCUUGUGGGGACGCACGUGGAUCAGUGUGAGGAGGAGGAGGUGGAGGAGAAGUGUCUGGACAUCCACCGGCAGAUUGCGCUGCAGGAGACUCGGGACACCGAGUUCUUACGGAGCCUCGCCCUGCAGGUGGACCAGGCGCUGGAGCAGGGCUUGGACAUCCGGACAUCCAGCCCCCAUGUCUUUUUCUACGGUGUGACGGACAAGAACCUGCGGCGAAAGAAGGCCCAGCUGCAGUAUCUGCUUAACCACCGGCUGCAGAUCCUGUCCCCUGUGCUGCGUGUCAGCUGCGUCGGCCCGGCGAGGGAUGUCAGCCGUCUGCGGGAGAAGCUCGUGUCCGUCGCCGACCAUAGGGAGAUCUUUCCCAAUCUGCACCGCGUGCUGCCCAAGUCCUGGCAGAUGCUGGAGGAGCUGCACUUCAAGCCCCAGGACCUGUGGCUUUCUUGGUGGGACUCGGCCCGCCUGGGCCUCCAAGCCGGACUCACGGAGGACCGGCUGCAGAGCGCCCUGUCCUACCUGCACGAGAGCGGCAAACUGCUCUACUUCGAGGACAGCCCCACACUCAAGGAGUAUGUCUUCCAUAACCUGCCACGCUUCAUCGCCAUCCUCAACGUAUUCUUCCAGGGGGACCCAUCCGCCAUGCUAGAGAGGCUGCUGGCCGAGGGGGUGGAGACCCGGGGUGACCGGGCUAGGGAAGCCCAGCUGCAGCACCACGUGGAGGGCUUCCUGCUAUACGGCCUGCUGCCGUCACAUAUCAUCCGCCUGCUGCUCCGGCCGCUGAUCCAGACCCAGCAGGACCUCCAGCUCAUCCUGGAACUUCUGGAGAAGAUGGGCGUGUGCUACUGCGUCAACAAGCCCCGCAGCAAACCGCUCAAUGGCGCCACCGUCUGGUACAAGUUCCCCAGCUAUGUGAGCAACGAGGACCCGCACGCGGAGGCCUGGGUGAACGGGGGUGGCGGCGUGCCGGGGCAGCUGCUGUCGGUGGAGCAGCUGCAGGUGGAGUACAGCUUUCCCUUCCUGCUGCCACCGGGCCUGUUCGCGAGGUACAGUGUGCAGAUCAACAGCCACGUAGUGCAGCGCUCCGACGGCCGCUGCCACGUCUUCGCCUACCGCGGCAAAGUGCCCGUGGUGGUGACCCACCGGCCAUCCCGCUGCCGGCUGCAAGCCGAGACCCUGUCCAUCGCCAGCCACGCCUCCUUGCCCAAUAUCUGGACGGCCUGGCAGGCCAUCACCCCUCUGGUGGAGGAGCUGAACUCUCUGCUGCAGGAGUGGCCAGGGCUCCACUACACCGUGCACAUCUUGUGCUCCAAGUGCCUGAAGAGAGGGUCCCCCAGCCCCCAUGCCUUCCCAGGUGAGCUCCUGAGCCAACCCCGACCAGAAGGGACAACUGAGAUCAUCUGCCCCAAGAAUGGCUCAGAGCGUGUCAACGUGGCUCUGGUGUACCCCCCCACGCCAACAGUGCUCAGUCCUUGUCUGAAAUGAACCCCCCUCCCUCCCAAGCCACCACCUACCCCACCAAUGGCACCGCACCCCCUUCCCCUCAGCCCACACCCCCCUAGCCAUCUCCCGGAGUGUCUCCUCCUCCUUUUGAUGCAUCCCUGCAGCACCCCCUGCUGUCCACUCCAUCAUAUCACACCCAGGAGCCAGAGCCUGCGUGGACAUCCUGCCUACGCCAGCUGGUCCUUGGAACGACUGCCUGUCCAGCUGAGCUGGAAGUGAACCCCAGUGUUGGACACUAUAGAACUGUUGGAGUGCUGCAAAGCCUCAUGGGAACCCUGGUUUCUCUUCCUGUUAGCAUUGACGUGACUCAAGUCUGCCAGAGUCCUCUUGAUGAGGUGGACAUCUGCUAUUGGUCUCACUGAGCCGGGAUAACACCAAUCAUAUGGCACUAUGUUGGGUCUGACUUGUCAUAGGUGUGAGUCUGGCCAAUGAUAUAGCAGCAAUACAGCCGUGGGAGGCGGAGCUGGGAUUAUGAUGCAAAAAUCAGACUGGCAGGCUACACCAGCUUCUCCCCCCAUGCAGACAGGCUAGCCACAGACUCACCCUCCUCCAUGCAAGCAGGAUCGCCGCAGACCUCUCCACAGGAGAGUCUCCUGGGACCAACUGUUUUGUCCCUGAGGAAGCCGAGGGUCUCGACUGUUAGAACCACUAUGGCGCCACCCCUACUGCCGCAGGCAGGCGGAGGAACUGCAGCCGCAGUAAGGAAACUCACAGGAGGGACACUUACAGGAGACUGAAGCCCGUCGAAAUGGGUGUGCAAUACUGUGCUUGCAUAGUGUAAACUUUCACUGAGGACCUUUGGAUGCCCCCCACCAGCUUGCCAGUAGGUGGGCUCCGAUAUCAGUGUGGCUUUAGUCUCACAGAUGGUGGUACAGAAGGGCAUGGGAGAGGCCUACUGAUAAAUGUACGUCACACGUGUAAGAACUCAGUCAAUAUCCUUUUGUAUAUAAUAUCUUUAUUUUUGUACAAAUGCACUAUGCGGUUGUCAGGCAGGCUCCCAGCAGUCGCUGCAGUGAGCCGUUUGCCUCGGGGGGGGGGGGGGGGGG